AGUGUUCUGCUAUUUUCGUUAGCGCAUGCUGUUGGUUUGACAUUAAAGAAAUUAUAUAAAUUUACAAUAGUUUAACAAUGUUUUCUUGCAUCGUUCGCCGUGGCAGUCCUUUGCAUCGGACGAUUGUAUCUCAAAAUAUUGUCCGAACGAUGCAGACGAAAGAACCAAGUCAGGGGCAGACGCAAAAUGCUCCACCUGCAAGACACACUGCCUUUGCCAAUGUUCGCAAAGAUAUGCCGAAUAAUGAACUGCGACCACUCUACCUAGAUGCACAGGCUACUACACCAUUGGAUCCACGAGUUCUGGACACAAUGUUGCCGUACCUGGUCAGUUACUAUGGUAAUCCACAUUCCAGAACCCAUGCAUACGGCUGGGAAACUGAGGCUGCCGUGGAAACAGCAAGGAAGCAAGUAGCAGACUGUAUAGGUGCCGACCCACGUGAGGUUGUGUUCACCAGCGGGGCCACUGAGUCCAACAACAUCAGCGUGAAAGGCGCUGCAAGGUUCUACAAGAGCAAGAAGAAACAUGUGAUCACAACACAGACUGAGCACAAGUGUGUGUUGGACUCCUGCCGGGCCCUGGAAGGUGAAGGGUUUGAGGUCACAUACCUCCCUGUGCAGACAAAUGGUCUCAUUGAUCUCAAGGAAUUGGAAGCUGCGAUCAGACCGGACACUGUCCUAGUUUCCAUAAUGACGGUGAACAACGAGAUAGGGGUGCGACAACCUAUGGAAGAAAUAGGAGCCUUAUGCCGGUCAAACAAGGUGUUUUUCCACACUGAUGCAGCUCAAGCUGUCGGAAAAAUCCCUAUGGAUGUGAACAAGAUGAACAUAGACCUCAUGUCUAUCAGCGGACACAAAAUAUAUGGCCCAAAAGGGGUAGGUGCGCUGUAUGUGAGGCGGAGACCACGUGUGCGUGUGGAGGCCCCGCAGAGUGGUGGGGGACAGGAGAGGGGCAUGAGAAGUGGAACACUGCCCACACCCCUGUGUGUGGGCCUUGGGGCGGCAUGUGAACUGGCCAUGCAGGAAAUGGAGUACGACCAUGUCCGUAUUUCGCGGUUGGCUGACAGACUUAUAGACAGAAUCACAUCACAACUUCCCCAGGUGAUCAGGAACGGAGACCCAGAACACUCUUAUCCAGGCUGCGUGAACUUGUCUUUCGCCUUUGUUGAGGGGGAGAGUUUGCUGAUGGCCCUUAAAGAUAUCGCCCUCUCUUCCGGCAGUGCCUGCACGUCCGCCUCACUGGAACCCUCCUAUGUGUUACGAGCUAUUGGUGCUGACGACGACCUCGCCCACUCCUCUAUAAGGUUUGGGAUAGGUCGAUUCACAACAGAAGAUGAGAUAGAUUACACAGCGGCAAAGUGUGUGGAGCAUGUCACAAGAUUAAGAGAAAUGAGCCCACUAUGGGAGAUGGUGCAGGAAGGAAUCGACCUGAAGUCAAUCAAGUGGUCACAGCACUGAGAGCUGAUUGGUGCAGAAUCUGAGAGCUCAUCAGUCAGCUAUUGUGAGACAAGGGCGUGAUGGAACAGACACUUGUGGUGUAGAAACACCGAGACUCGCUUGCCUGACUGUAUAUGUGUAUAAACUGAACUUUGCCACUUGUGAUGUUGUGAGUCAAGCAAACAUAAACAAACAUGAUCCUGGAGCUGAAUUAGAAUGGAGCCAUUACUGUUCUGCUUUAAUUUUGUGAGAGUGUUUUGCUACAACUCAUGACACAUUGAUGUAUAUAAAUAAUUAAAAAGGUCACUACGUUAAUAAAUAAAUAUUAUGAUGUUCCGAGGUACCUAAAACAAGGAAAGGAUUUAUAUCAUCAUGUCUUUAUGAACACUAAAUUUUGUAAAAAUAAUUACAACAGCGUUUAAACAUAAAAAGAAAUUAGACCAAAAUGAACAAUGUAUAUUAAAAACAAGCUCAAGUAUAAAGCAUUUAAACUUUUCCUCUGGUGUUGUUCGUUGGAACUGGUAAACAUAAAGUACACCCCAUUUAUGUUGGAGCUAUGUAAUGCUAUGGUUUUCAUGUAAAACAUAAUUCAUGCUUAUUUAUGAUAAAUUUUGUGGUAGUUCUAAUGUAAAAUGAGUCAUAUGUAGACUUGUUUAUUCAAGAUUGUGCAUCAAUAAGCGCUUUAACUUCAGCAGUUUUUCCAUUUAAAUUUUUUAUUUACAGAAUAUUGACCUUGUCUGUAAAACCUCCUGUCAUACGCUUGUAGAGUAGAUAAGGGUAUAGGCUGUUAUUAGCACUUGACUAAAAACUAAGAUGAUGACGUCUAAGUUGAUAUCAGUAAACAUUUCACUGUAAUUAUUUUUAUUCAUAAGGGAAUAUUUCUGGACAAAUCCUGUUCGUAUACGUCAGGGAAUAAAUCUGGACAAAUCCUGUAUGUAUAUGCCAAGGAAUAAAUCUGGACAAAUCCUGUAUGUAUUUGUCAGGGAAUAUAUCUGGACAAAUCCUGUAUGUAUACGUUGGGGAAUAAAUCUGGACAAAUCCUGUAUGUAUUUGUCAGGGAAUAUAUCUGGACAAAUCCUGUAUGUAUACGUCGGGGAAUAAAUCUGGACAAAUCCUGUAUGUAUACGUCAGGGAAUAAAUCUGGACAAAUCCUGUAUGUAUUCGUCAGGGAAUAAAUCUGGACAAAUCCUGUAUGUAUUCGUCAGGGAAUAUAUCUGAACAAAUCCUGUAUGUAUACGUCAGGGAAUAUUUCUGGACAAUUUUUUUUGACAUUGCAUAAUGUAAAAAAGAGAAAGAAAAAUUACACAAUUCUUCUAACCCUAUCCCUAUACUAUCUGAAUUUUUACUUGGAAUAUAAAUUUGUGCAGUUCAGAAUUAAAACUAAAUUGCGAUUGUACACAUGUCAUUUUCUGUAUUUAAUAUACCCUGUUGGUUUUAAACUUGUAUGAUUUGUACCUAUAACAUGCUUCUUGUCUUUUUCAAUUAGUUCAGAUUGGUUCAUAUCAUGUUCAUAUUUUAUUCAAGACCUACUUAUUGUGUGCUUUGCAGUAAUUUACACUCCAAGACUCGUUGCUGUAUUUUGUAUGGAAUUUUCAGUUGUUUAGGAAGCUGCUUUAGCUAGUAUUGUGUGUUUUUACAUUGUAAAAUGUUUUUGUCAACCACUAGUGUUGACAUUAUCGUUGUUUGAAUUUGUUGAAGAAAUAAAUAUUGAAUAAAGAAUCUUCAAUUAA